AUGACCCUCACCAAAGGCUCCUUCACCUACUCCAACGGGGAGGAGUACCGCGGCGAGUGGAAGGAAGGUCGCAGGCAUGGCGUCGGGCAGCUGACAUUUGCCGACGGCACCGCUUACGUGGGGCACUUUGAGAAUGGGCUCUUCCAUGGCUGCGGUGUGCUCACCUUCUCCGACGGCUCCAGGUACGAGGGGGAGUUUGUGCAGGGCAAGUUCAACGGCGUUGGCGUCUUCACCCGCUGCGACAACAUGACCUUUGAGGGUGAAUUCAAAGGCGGGCGCGUUUAUGGCUUCGGUCUCCUGACCUUCCCCGAUGGCUCCCAUGGGGUGCCCCGCAACGAGGGCUUCUUCGAGAACAACAAGCGGGAGAAGUGCCCAGCUGUCAUCCAGAGGGCCCAGGGCGCUUCCAAGUCUGCCCACAACCUGAUGGCAUGA